AUGACUGGUAAAUUGGUCAUUUUAACGAUUGCCCUGUGUGUUGCUUAUGUCGCUUGCGACGACAUCUGCAAGGGUCAAGAACACGGAUCCUUCCAACAAGACUCCAAAAAUUGCAGCAAAUACUACCAAUGCGUUAAUGGCAAAGGAGUUUCCUUGACCUGCCCAAAUGACUACUAUGGAAAGAUGAAAAUAAAUGCACCCGAAUCCCUAUGUACUGGUCUUGAUGGAGUUUUCUUAGCUGACCCUAAGGUAUGCGCAAGAUAUUAUGUAUGCGCCAAAGGUUACGCCGUACAGAAAUCUUGUGGUGGAAGUCUCUUAUGGAAUGAUGCUUUGAAAUACUGUGACUUCCCACAAAAUGUAGAUUGUGGUGAUGCAGCAGUCGAGAAACCCCAUGUUGAAAGCGACGAAAUCUGCAAGGAUCAACCAAAUGGAUCAUACCACGAAGACUACAAAAACUGCAGCAAAUAUUAUCAAUGUGUAAAUGGAACAGCAAAAUCUCUAACUUGUCCAAACGACUACUUGUGGAAAGACGAAAACAAGUGGUGCGACUUCCCAUACAAUGUAGAUUGCGGUAGCAGGCCAAACCCUCACCCAGCUCCAGAAUCACUUUGCUCUGGCUUAGAUGGCGUUUUCUUGGCAGAUCCUGAAAACUGCUCCAAAUACUACAUUUGCGCUAAAGGAUACGCUGUAUCUAAGGCUUGCGGGGGUAAUCUUUUGUGGAACGACGCAAUGAAAUAUUGUGAUCAGCCAGGAAAUGUAGAUGUGGGAGAAACUGCCACUGGAAAACCUCAACCGACUCACAAACCAGAAGAAAAUGGUUGCCCAGCUGUUGACGGGGCCAGUAGAUGUCCUCUUGCCCAACCAGCUGAUGCUCUACUUUUUCAAUGCUUCAGAGGAACAAAAAGUUCUACACAAAUGCAAACCAGGACUUUUAUGAAGACAAAAAUGAAUAUGCGACUACCCCGAGAACGUUGA